GAAAUCAGGCAGCACGAGCUCUCUGAGCUUUGGUUUGGCUGCGUGCGUGGCGUAUGAGCUCAGCCAAUCAGAGUGAGCCAGGUCAUACGGCUGACCAGGAAGAGAAGAUGGCUGCAAAGAAUGGAAAGAAUAGUCUGCUGCAAAAAUGGAAGAUUGAUGAAAAACCUGUCAAGAUUGACAAAUGGGAUGGAGCAGCUGUGAAGAAUUCUCUUGACGAUGCAGCUAAGAAGGUACUCAUUGAGAAAUAUGGCUACGUUGAGAACUUCAACCUUGUAGAUGGACGUCUUUUCAUUUGCACAGUCUCCUGCCUUUUUGCCAUUGUAGCCUUAAUUUGGGACUACCUGCACCCAUUCCCAGAGUCCAAACCAGUCCUUGCAUGCUGUGUUGUUUCAUAUUUCAUAAUGAUGGGCAUCCUAACCUUGUAUACCUCCUACAAAGAGAAAAACAUCUUUCUUGUGGCCGUCCAAAAAGACCCAACUGGCAUGGACCCGGAUCACAUCUGGCAGCUUUCAUCAAGUCUUAAAAGGUUUGAUGAUAAGUACACUCUGAAAGCGUCCUUUACAGAUGGAAAAACCAAGCAGACUAGGGCGACCGAGUUCACGAAGUCCGUCAGUGUAUUCUUUGAUGGAAACGGAACAUUGGUGAUGGACCAGUAUGAAAAGUGUGUGUCAAAGCUUCAUGACACGUUGGCGAUGGAGAAGAAAACAAAGUAAAUUUGAGCAGAAACUCAGUGUACCACCACAGCUCCAGCACACACUGAUUUUUUGGGUGGGUGGGGUUUGUUUGGGCCAUUGACGGGUUGACUCUUUCACUGGGAAAGAGUAUGAUGUUAAUGUCUGUCAAACGUUAGCCUUCAGUCGAAAAUUCGUAUAAAGAUUGUCAUGGUAUAACUGUUUUCAAUUGGCAUCACAAUAUUUGUACCUAAAUGUUCAGUUGGAGUAAAUGUCUCAGUUCAACAUUGUGUGGAGGUAAAGUUAAAAUAUUUUUCAUUGAUUCCUUGUGAUGAUGGCCUGAUCCUCAUGAUGGGGAACAUGGGAGGGGUUAACAAAAUGUUGAAUAUGUUUCAUAAGCAGCAUUGAUUAAGACUGUUUUAUUAAGUGCUGACAUCCCAGAAUUGCAUUACAGUGAAAAGACCAAUGCUUUAUUUCUCUUACCAUAUAUUUGUUUAAGACUCAUUAAAAUAUAUGGUGUCAAUUUCUUUUUUUCUUUCUUUCUUUUUUUUUUUUUUCCUUGAACCUCUAAGAGACUGUUUACUCAGACAGCUGGAGUUAGAAUUAUUGUGAAAUCUGUUCCUUUUUAUUGCUUUAAAGGUCAAAUGGUAAUAAAAACUAUUUGAGUUCUGUUCAUACAAAACAUAUGUGUAGUCUCUAUGGGUCUUCUCAUGGUAGAGAGGCAGUCAGAGUGCCGGAGUAAAUGAUGAAUUUUUAUUUUUAUUUUUCCCAUACUUUGAGUGUGAAGCAUAACAAGGUGACUACACAUAGCUAUGUUUGUGGCUUUGUUUAUUUCAAUUCCAACAAAUUAAUCAUAUAAAAUGGUUUUAAAAAGUAUUUAUUUAUUUUGUAUUGGUUAGAAUCAUACACCUGGAUACAGUUUCAUUUGAAUUACGGUUACAGAAUUACAGAAUAGCUGCAGUCUUUGUCAUUAAAUUCACUGCUUUAGCUAUAAAUGUGCUGCUGUUUGUCAAAAAAAAAAAAAAAAAGCAUACAAUUAAAAUAAAGCUUUUGUCAUUUUUUAUAUUUUACUGUGCUUUUAUUCUUUUACUUCACUUUUGUAAGUGCAAUUUCUUUUGAAGUUUGAAAAUUUUAACUAGCAUGGUGAAGUGCACUUCAUAAAAAGAAAGAUGGAGGAGUUUUGUUUUGCUAGAAAAUAAUUUUAAAAUGAUUCACAAAUAUGUUGUGUACAGGACACCCCAGGACUUACAAUCAGUUCUAGACUUUAAACAGGCCUUAAUUAAAAUGAACCAGGAUGUACCAUGAAUGAAAAAAAAAAAGAUAAAGGAUACUCCUUAGCUGUUUCUUUACCACAUCUUUAUGAUCU